AUGGCUAAUAAUAGAAGAAAGGGCACGUCUUCCUUAGGGUUUGUAUCUGGAGGUACGUUGAACGUGUCGAAAGUGGAUUCUUCUAUUAAUGAAGACGAUGAAACGCCUGAAAAUAAGGAAAUCCUAGAAGACUCAGAUGUGGAAUUGAACUCAGACGAAGACUUCAUAAGUAAUAUAAUCAACUAUGACGAUUACAUAGUGGUGGAUGAUGAAGAAGAAGAUUAUGAAGGAAACGAAGAAUAUAAUAGGGAAAUAAUGAGUAAACAAGUACAAUUCCAGAACAAGAGAAGUAGAAGAUAUAGCAGAUAUGAAAGUAGAGAAAAGGAGGAAAGUGAGAUGGGAUACAACGAAGACAAUAUACAGAAGAUGUACGGAAAAGGAUUGAACAUGUUAAAGAAAAUGGGAUAUAAAGGAGGAGCACUGGGAAGAGAUGGAAAAGGAUUGGUCAAGCCACUGUUGUUUACAACAAAUAAAACAAAAGAUAACGUGACGUAUAAAAUAGAAAGGUCAGAAACAUAUGAAACAACAGAAAGUGGAGAAAGAGUAGGAAAGGAAAUGAAUUGGUUAACACAAUUAGAAAAUAUAUACAAAGAAUUAGUAGAUAAGAAUGAGACGAUAAAGAAAAAUAAAAGGGAAUUAGAAACAAAUAACGUUAAACUAGGAGCGGAAAUAAAACAAAUAAAAGAACAGAUAAGAAAGAAGGCUAAGAAGUUGGAAACAAUUAAGUUGAUAAAACCAACGAUAGUAUAUAACUACAAAGAGUAUAUACUGCUGUUGGAUGAAACAAAUUUACAAGGAAUUGUAGUAAAAAAGUUACUUGUACUAUUGAAUUCACUGAAUCAAUUGAAAGUUAACAAUAAAUUGUAUAAAACAGCAAUUAAAUUAACCUUUAAAAAAGUAUUUAUACCAGAGUAUUACAAUAAUAUAGAAGACUAUAGGAAGGUGUUUGAAUCGUUGCCAACAAUAAACAAGUACUAUAGAAAUAAGUAUAACAGUGAAUACGAUGAAGAUGAAAAGGGAUAUAUGAAGAAAGUGUACAACUAUUAUAUAAUUAAUGAGCUUAUAAAGUAUUAUAGAGAUGAGUGGAAUAUAAUGAAUAUAGAUGAAGGAAUAAAUAUAUAUCAGAAGAUAUGUGAGUAUUUAAGUGAAUGUUACAGUAAUGAAAAUAAAUAUGAAGAUGAAAAGUACAUAAAUAAUGAAUUUAACGACGAAUAUAGUGGAAAAUAUGGUGGCAGAGAAGAAGUGGAAGAAAAUAAGUUAUUAACGAGUAAUAGGAAGGAGAAUGAUAAUGGAUUGAGUAGAUUACUGAGGACAAUAUUGAAUAAGUUAAGAAGUUAUAUGGAGAGAAGUAAGCUGAAAAGUUUAUAUAACUCACACAUAGUAAUGUUUGCAUGGCUGCAAUACCUGAAUGAUCAACAAAUAGAAGGACUGGCGAAUAAAUAUAUGGAAGAGUUGUUUAAAAGAGAGGAAAGCUUGAUACCAAGUUACGAAGUGGAAUAUCAACAAAAAAGUGCUAAUAGUGGUAGUGAUGGAGGUAGUAAAGUUAAAAUAUAUGAAAACAUUCAGAGUAAUUGGGGCAAGCUGAUGGCAGAUAAGGAAGUAUUCGGAGAUAAAGUGUAUAAUAAACUGUACACACAGUUGAACUCAAUGAACUAUAACUACUACGACGAAAAUAGAGAAAAGUUAAAAGAGUUGGUGAACAAUGUAGUGGAGUGGGUUGUGAUACUGGGAAACGAUGGCGUGGUUAGACUGAUAUCGAGUACGCUGAUGCAUAAAUUUGGCAGGUCAGUAAGAGAAAAGGUGGCAAAUUUAUCAGAACGGUACAUGGAAAUGAAGGAAGAUGGGAGAAGUGAUGAUGAUGAAGAAGAAGAAGAAGGAGUAGUUGAGUCGGAUCAAUUGAACGUGAAAAGGAAAAAAUUGAUACAAUUGAUGGAAGACAUAGAGGAAAGUUAUAUGUAUUUUAAGUCGAUACUGCCAGAUUAUGUUAACAGCAACAGAGAUGUGCAAGUUAAUCACUACAAAGUGAUACUGAAGAGUAUGGAGUCGUUCAUGAAUUUAAUAGAAGCAAGUAAAAGUAAAUGA